CGCAAUCUAGAGAAAGCUUUUGACUUUGACAGGCGCAUGGCUUUCAAUCACCAGAACGAACAGCGGAGGACUGUGCGGGGUGCGCCAAAUGGCUUAAGGCACUGUACCUCCACACACAUCACUCGAAAAUUUCUACCUCACUCUCAAGACUCAUUCAGACCCUCAGACAGCGCCCAUUAAAAUCUCAGCAAAAAUGGCUCCCAAACUCUCAGAAGAGGAGAUCGAUGAUCUGAUUUAUCUGUCACGAGCCGGCGAGCUCGUCGAGCUUCAAGAAACGCUCAAGACACUGUCGGAGCGCGAGAACGCCUCCGUCGGCGAGGUCAUCACCGCCGCCAAGGAUGAGGGCAAGUCGACCUGCCUGCACAUGGCCGCGGGCAACGGCCACAUCGACAUUGUCAAGGCCCUGAUCGUGGCCCUGGACGCGCGCCCCGCUGACGAGAAGAAGGCCUACGUUGACGCGGCCAACGAGUUCGGCAACACGGGCCUGCACUGGGCGUGCCUGGGCGGUCACCUCGACGUCGUCAAGGUGCUCAUGGCGCACGGUGCGUCGCCGGCCGCGGCCAACGACAAGGACCAGAUCCCGCUCGACUCGGCCCUCUUCAACGGCAAGCGGGAGGUGGCGGACUGGUUCCUCGCGCAGUCGGAGACGAUGGAGGGCGGCAACCGGGAGGACGGCCUCAGCGGCGCCGCGGCGGGUGUCGAGAUCGAGGACGACGGCGAGGAGGCGGGUGAGAAGACAAAGGAGGAUGCCGGCGAGGGUAGCAAGGCUUCAUAGACGGGGGCCUUUUUUUAUUUUAAUGAGUUAAAAUCAAAUGAGUGAACGACAACUGUUUUUCUGUGAUUUCAGUGACACAAAUGACAAGGAAAUCAAGGGCGAGAGAAGUAAGAGAAAAAAAAUGAGUACAGGCAAUCGGGUCGUGUGUAAGCAAGCCUAUUGUUCAUUCAUGAGCCUUGCGUCCUCGGCCAAGGCCCCUUCAUCGCAAACUGAUUCCCCCUUCUUCAGUGUCGUAUCGUCGAAUUGAGACACGGGUCUCCAGGUGAAAGAGAGAAAGUAGAGCAGGUUGGGACCUCCGGGUCUUGACAUGUGAAGCAACAUUUCUCACAGUCGGAUUCUACUUGAGGUUCGUAACGUCUGGAAAAUUUCCAAGCACGUUACCUUGAGGGGGAAUCACGGUGUCGUGGGUAAACACAAGUGACUU